GCCUCCCGCCUCGCUCAGGGCUGCCGGCAGCCGUGGCGGCCGCCGGGGACCGCAAGGGGCGGAGGAAAGGAGGAGGCCGACCGCGGCACGCGGAGGAACAGCCGAGCAUGCCCCGAGACAACAUGGCCUCCCUGAUCCAGCGGAUCGCCCGCCAGGCGUGCCUCACCUUCCGGGGCAGCGGGGGCGGCCGCAGCGCUUCCGAGCGCGGCGCUGCGUCGGGCCCCGAGGCGCCGAUGCCGCCGGGCUUCCCGGAGAACCUGAGCAAGCUGAAGAGCCUGUUGACCGAGGUCCGCGCCGAGGACCUGAACAUCGCCCCGCGCAAGGCCACGUUGCAGCCGCUGCCGCCCAGCCUGCCGCCCGUCACCUACAUGCACAUCUACGAGACGGACGGCUUCAGCCUGGGCGUGUUCCUGCUCAAGAGCGGCACGUCCAUCCCGCUGCACGACCACCCGGGCAUGCACGGCAUGCUCAAGGUGCUCUACGGCAAGGUGCGCAUCAGCUGCAUGGACAAGCUGGAGGCGAGCGGCGGGCAGCGGCCGCGGGCCCUGCCGCCCGAGCAGCAGUUCGAGCCGCCGCUGCAGGCCCGGGAGCGGGAUGCCGUGCGGCCGGGCGUGCUCCGCUCGCGGGCCGAGUACACCGAGGCCAGCGGCCCCUGCCUGCUCACGCCGCACCGGGACAACCUGCACCAGAUCGACGCUGUGGACGGGCCCGCCGCCUUCCUGGACAUCCUAGCUCCGCCCUACGACCCGGACGACGGCCGGGACUGCCACUAUUACCGGGUGCUGGAGCCCGUCAGGCCCAAGGAGGCCCCUGGCUCGGCCUGCGACCUGCCCCGAGAGGUGUGGCUCCUGGAGACCCCGCAGGCCGAUGACUUCUGGUGCGAGGGAGAGCCCUAUCCAGGUCCCAAGGUCUUCCCUUGAAGCCGCUGGCGCCCAGGAGCGGUGGGCCCAAAAUGUCCUUUUCCCAGAUUGCAGACUGGCCGCCGCGACCCACCACAAGGGCUCUCUCGGUCCCCCACCCCCACCCCCCAGGCUGGGCGUUGGAUCUACUGGAAUGAGCUGAAGCCACUUCCGUGGAAGCACUAGCGACCGGACAGCAGCCACCGGGCACGGUUACUGGGGGGGCGGCGUGGGCGCGAGGCUAGGUUGUUUCCUGGGACUGCCACUGCCACCAGGGCUUGGGCUUGGGGGAGGAGGGAGGGACUCUCUGAAGCGCUUCCAUCCUAAAGCCAUAAUGCAAUGUUCGCCUCCUGUGCCCCAUCUAUACGAGACACACUAAAUGGUCUUCUCCUUUCUCCCCUCCCCCCACCUGCCCCAGUAAAUAGGGUUUGUUUUUCACUCCUGACAUACUCCUUAGGGUUCUGACUUCACUGUGCAUGACCCAGUGGUUGGAAUUGCUCUGAGUUCAGGUCAUUGGUUAAAAGCUCGGUUUGAAGACAGGAGCUGCUUUGAAAGUGAGCUAUCUUUCCCAAUUAAUUACUCGUGAAAUGGAUAUUUUUUUUCCAGGGUUUGGGGAUCAUCCUUAAUACAUAACUAUGCAUGCAGAGGACAAGAUUUCUUUGCUCCCCUUGCCUGCAAGCCACAGCCAGUUCACUCAGGCAGCAUCCACUAAAAGAUUCAGCACUUGCAUCCCUGGGUGACAGACGGCCACUUGGAACCUCUCUUCCCCCGGAGUCCCUAGAUCUGUGAGCUGAGCAGAUUUGUUGCAGAUUCACUUUUCAUGCAAAGACUAUAGUAUCCUCAAGUGACUUUUUUGUUUCAGUUAAAGAAGUGAUAGGGUAAUUCUGUGUUUUCUAACCUGAAGAUUCGGGGGGCUGGAUCUGUUAUGCUUCCACUGACUGAAUGUAAAACACCCCUAGCCAGCUGUUGAAUUCCAUUUACUUUCGAUAUCUUCCUGUAAAAAAAUAAUUACUAGGUUUAUGACUGUUUUACAUUGCUCUCGGGGAUGCUGAUGUUCUGGGGAGCUGAGGGAUCAAGCUGUGCUGCUGGCAUUGUUAGCUCAACCCUCUGCCUCAACAGGGGAGAGCAAUGGCUUGCUUCAGCUAAUGUGGUUUUUGGUAGCAUGAGAGAAGGCACAGAAAAUCAAGGCUGAAGAACUGAGAGCUAACUAUACCACCAGCCAUUCUAGGGCACCAGAACUUGGGAUUAAACACUUCCCACUCCCACCUCUGGAAAUGAACAGUCGUGCUGUGCUCUCUGUGACUCGUGUUUUGUCCUUUAAUUGACUGAGCAGCUUUACUUGGUUUACAGAUAAUACUGACACCCUGUAUUGCAGGCCAUGGAGCACUGUUUCCCCCUUUUUACUAUUUAUAGGAUUCCUUUUUUCACAAAACUUUUAAUAAAAACAAACUGUAGAAAUAAACACAUUCAAGUCUGCCCAUCUGUUGUGUAAGCCCUCUUGAUUGACUUGCCCAGGUGGCAAUGGAGUGCCACUAUGAUAAAAGGAGAUUGGCUAUUGCUGGUGAAGUGUUUGCUCUCCCAGCAGGGAUACAGUUUGUGCCUUUGCCUCUUUGUGCACACCGGGUGACAGAGACCCAGAGGGAAGGAGUAUUUUGUUCCCAGUUUUUAAAACAGUAAGAAACAAAUUCUUGAUUUUUUUGUUGUUGUAAAACACAACAUACCACUAUGCUGUAAGACCUAACACAGGCAUACUACCAAGCAUUUCCUCCAGGGUUGCUAAGAUUGUGUGGUUUUAAAUGCCUUGGAGGCAAUUUGAAGCAGCUCUUUAUGCCACUCAGUUUGAUAUGCAAAUGAUGGUUUUCUUAGAAAAUUUCACAAAAUAAGAUGUGUUUAUUUCUUUCAUAACACAGUAAGAAAUGUGUGUGGUUACCAAUGGCAUACUCACCUUUGAAUUACAUUGUAGGAAAAAGUUGGUUGACUUGCAAAGAUUGCUGGUAGUGAUGUAUAUAUUAUAAUAUAACCUGAGAUAUUUGAAAGUGGCCGGUAAACACUCAUCCUGGGGAUAGGACAGCAGGGAAGAAUAAAGAGAACAAUUAUGAAAGACUUCAUGUUGAAAAUGUUUAUGGAGUUCUCAAUUACAAGCAAUUUGGAAGAAAAAACUAAGGUGCUUUUCAAGAGAGUAACUGAAAUUGCUUGAGGCCAAAACAGCAAUAUAUCUAGUUCGAUUAGAACAGGGAAAUGUUUGAUUCAUAAAUUCUGAGUAAAUUAAUGGUGAAAACAGAAUGUAACUUGUUCUAGAGAGCCGCUAAGGCAAGAAUAUGCUCAUUGCAAAGACAAAAUGCACAGAACACCUUGCACCUCUAUGCAUAAACUUAGUCAUGACUGACUUCAUGUGCUGCUAUUGUAUUUCCAUAUUGUCUUGCAAUAUAGAUUCUAUUUUAGCAAGUACUGUGGAAUAAAAGACCUCCCCUAGGAAAGACUAAAUGAGCACAAUGAUAUUAAUCACUUAACUCUUCUGUUGAAUAAUAAAUGCAAUAAUUGCUUCUCAUGAUGAGAAAUUGUAUAAAUACUUCUGAAGCUUUUAAAUUUUCUAGGUAUAUCAAUGCAGAAUUGUAUAGCUACCUACUACUUGUAUGAGAUUGAUUUUUACUAAAUCUGAUCUGAAUGGAUUGCGUUUACACCAACUGCUGUUUAUUAAUGAAAAUGGUAGCCUGAUUUUUCAGUACUAUGUGUUUUUUCCAUUGGAGUAGGUACUUAUCUAUUCCAAAUUAUUCCGAUUCCUGUACUUAAACAUUACUGCCCAACGAAGAAGCAGUGUAUUUGACAUGGGGCUCUGCCAGUUACUGUUCAACUCCAACCCGAGGGCAGUGCUACUCCUGUAACUGUGCAGGUCUAAAUUUUACAUACAGAAACUGACCACUGAUUGCUUCCAUUGAUAUGAGGUAUCUGCUGUCAAAGAAGGAAAUCAUUUGUUAAGCCCUUAUAAAUCUGAGUAUUCAGAUUCGGGAAUGUUAAAAUCAGUGUAACACUAUUGGAAAAUAAAGGCAUGCUUAAAGUUGUUUAGAGAUAAAUCUUAUUAUUGCAAAAUGGAAAAGUUAAGUACUACCUGUUAUGAUCUCUAUAUUUUGGUUACUGUUAAAUGUUCACAGUCUAUACUGUAAGAUUAUGCCAUACUAAAGAGUAAACCUGCAAGAUUUCUAAGUUCCACAUAGUCACGGAAACAAAGUUAGUAGUUUAUUUUCUUGAGAGUGAGCUUUGGAACAGUGUGACUGAAAACACUUCUAAAAUACUUAAUGUCUGAUUAUACUCUUCUGUUGUAACUGAAAAAAAUUGUAUUUAACUUAAAGGAAAUAAGCUAAUACAAGAAAACAAAAAUGCUUUGUUCCUAGAAGAAAAGAAUCUUGGGAUUUAAAUCUUUUCUUUCCUUGUUGGUUUUUCCUUUUCCCAUGGUAUUUCUUAAUUGUGGUUUAGGCUGGCAGCAUUUUAAUGUUGAUACUAAUUCCCACAAAAAAAAAUUUUUAUUGAGCUGUUAAAUUGUCAGUGAAGCUAUUUGUAAUAUAUACAAAACAAUUUGCCAUAAUCUCAUUAUCAUUUAGGAUAUUGAAAUGAAAUAACCUGGUUUAUGAACUCUUGAAAACCUUACUUAGGUUUAAUUGACCUGUUUUAAUAUGAAUUGAACCAUCCCCAAAGCAUUAUGAAUCUUAAGGAAUUAUUCUCUAGAAGUUAUAUUUUAAUAAAAACCACAGUACCAAUGAAACAUCAAUAACAUCCUGAAAAGCAGACAUCAGGGAGCAAAAGGAGCACACUUAACUUCCUACGACUUUUUCUUGAAUAAAGUAAGAAAUGAGAGGCCUAUAAGAGGUGUCCUGAAUGUUUUAAAUAGAAAGCAAAAUCUGAUUAACAAUAUUGGCCUAAACUGUUGAAAUUCAGGAGUAGAAGCCAUGUGGUUGGCUCUGCGAAAACAAUGAGGUGAGGUGUUUCUGAUGGUGUACUGCUUACCUCACCAAGCCCACAUUAAGGUGAAAGUGAUUACGUAACCAAUUUGGCUGUCAUCAAAAUGUCUUCUGUCUUAAAUGACAUUUAUAAAGCGGUGGUUUAGGUUAUCAUGAUUGAGAUGCUCUAAAAAUUCUCUGAGUACAUGUAUCUUCUAAAACUUGGGUAUACUGUAUUUUUAUAAUGAGAUCUUAGUGUGAGGGAUGUGUUCUGUUAAAAACAUAAAAUGAUUAAAAUGUGGCAUUGUUGUGUACUUACCAGAAUUGUACAGGCAAGGAGGAGAACAUGCUGACAAAGCUGGGGAAAAUGAAUCUAAUGGAAAAACAGCAGUCAGUAGAAAACUGACAGUGAAGUUUUGAAAUCUCUGUUAGUCAUAGAAAGAGGUAUUCAACAUCCUUGAACCAGGGAUAGAGGAGAUACAGAAGAAAAGGGCUAAUUCCUCCACAAGUUGGGUUUCCAAUUCUGCUGGUAGGGGCAAGGGUGACUUCCAGGAAUAGCCGUGACCAUCAGCUCUUCCGAAAUACCAGUCACCAACUAGCCAGGUCUGAGGGAGCCAUCACAGCAGCGAAGGACAGAGAGAAAGGGAUUUUCAGGUGCAGCUCAACUGUGGGUGCUCCAGCAUGCCUAUGUCUGUGUAAGGAACCAGGAGCCCUGGAUGACUUUAAAUGACAUUUAGACCCAGAUUGUAAACACGACUUCACAAAGACAUGAUCUGUUUGCUGGAUA